AUGAUGGCCAGGUCAGACAGUGGUGUGAACAGCAUGGACUCCCAAGUAGACUCAACUGCAUCUGGAGACACAAUCUCCCUCACGACACUCCUAGAGGAAAUGGCAGAACAAGACCCACUAGCCCCAGCUACUAAACAGGAUAUUGCAAACCUCUUAAGGGAGCUGGACACAGUCCGCACCGAAGUGCAGAUGGUGAAAGCAUGCACACAAGCUACAGAGGAAGAAGUCCUGGAUCUCAAACGAGAGGUACAAGUGCUAAAAUACCAAAUGCAAAGCCUACAACACUCAUACCUCAAUGACACAGAGGGUAGAUAUCACUGA